GGGAGAGGGUAGGAGUCGCGGGAAGGAGCCGUGCCUCCCUGCCGUCCGCCCGCAGUGCGCGCUACGCGAUAUCACUGGCCGGUCAUGUGUGUGUCACUCUCACGUUCACACUGGUACCGUUCGGAGUGCUUGGUUACCGCGCUGCCACCGUUACCGUCAACCGAGCAGUGUGUGUCCAGUAUACACGGUGUGCGGCCGGAAGUUUAAAGUGCCUCUCGUUCCGUGUCCUGGACGUGGCGAGAGCAGGCGAAAUCCUGUCGGCGCGGGGGACAUCAUCGGAGAGACGACAACGACGACGGACGUGCAGGUGGAGCGGACUGAAAAAGGGAAAGAUCGGCUGCGUGGUGCGCGACGGAGGAAAAGGAAAAAAAAGAAACAAGGAAAGAAGAAGAAGGUGUCAACGAGCGAAGUGUGUAUGUACGGAACGAACGCCGAAAGUUUUCGGUGUACGGUCCAGUGUCCAGACGCACGUAUGUAGGAGCAAGGAGUGGCUGCUGCUGCUGGUGGCCGACCGUCCAAGGAAGAGAGAAGAAAGAGAGAAAGGAGAAGAGGAUCGUGCGCGCCUCAUGGCCCUGUUGUUUAUUGGCCCGUCGUGAUCACGAAGAGAAGAGAUCCGAGUGACUGUGCUCUAGUGUUUUGGUGAAAAAUAACGAAGUGGUGAUCGGUGCUCGGUUGUUCUUCUCUACGGUUCAGUGCUACGUGGGGUUUUCUUUUUUGGGGGAGAGGCACGCUCGCUGGAGGAUCGGAAUAGAGGAAAAGAGAACGGCACAGUUCGUGGGGGAGAGAGAAAGCGAGAUAGAGAGAAAGAGAGGGAGAGAGUGUGAGAGUGAGAGGGAAGAAUAGCAAGAUAGAAAUAGAGAUAGAGAUAGAAGAAGAGAGAGCGAGAGAGAGCGAGAGAGAGAGAGAGAGAAACAGAGUGAGAAGAAGAAGUAAACUUGUAGAGAAGAAGGAGAAAGGGUGAUUGGAAGACCCGGCUGGCGAUCCGAAUUCGCGGAUUCGACACGCCGCGGUUGCCGAUCCAUAAUAUGGCGUACAAGUUUCGCGAAGAGAUCGUGGGAAAGAGGUUUCUCUCGGUGAGUGGUUUCACCAAGCUAAAGGUGAAUAAGAUUAGUGAGUGGGGGUGGCGUGCAGGGGUAAUUCGUGCUGCCAGUCACAGGGAUAACAGCUGUCAUGAUCUUCAGAUCCUGGUAGAAUACGACGACGUGGAGUGGCAAAGGAGAGAAUGGCUAUCGCCGCACAGGGACGCGGUGUUCUCGUUCUUCUUGGUGGAAAAGGGGCUGUGCUGGGCCGAGCGACCCGAUCCGAGGCACGCCAGCCUCAUCGCCAUCGAUCACCACAAUCACGCGAAUAAUAACCACCACCAUCACCACCACCAUCACCACCACCAUCAUCCUCGCAUCAACGGGAAACUGUUGAGGGGCGCCACAGCUGUCGCGAACACGGUCGCUUGGCCGGCUCUCACGUUUUAUCCCCUGGUGGCGCGUGCAGAGUUACCGGAAGACGCGAUGCCCCUCGAAUUCAUGCAAGAUCGAAGGCUGGACUUCGUCGAUUACUCGAAGCUGAAGCCGUUUACCCAGGACUGGGAGCUGACGAAAGGCUCGGUGCCUUGGGCGAGCGCUGUCAGGCGGUGGGCAGAGAUGCAGGAUGGGCAAAGGAUCCUGCUGACCACGCCGAGCGUCCUGGUCGGCUUCAGGGUGGAAGUUUAUCGGGCCGAGGGCACCACGCAAUGGUACACCGCCGUCAUCGUCGGCUACAACGAGUCCACCAAGGACCUGACCGUCACCGACGACACAGUUCUCGAGGACCACAACGAGGACCCGAGCUUAGUACAAAUGCGGUUGAUCGGCGAUGGAGUCGUGGAGAGCAUCAUGAGAGGCGAGGUCGUCGGCAUGACACCGAGGAGGUCGAGGUCAUCGACUGCUCUGACGCACGCGCUUGUUGUGCCGAGACCCGGAAGGAGGCCCCGAGGACGUCCUGGAAACGCCGCACAGUUGCACACCGCGCCUAGGAUACAAAGCCCUAUUUCUCAGCAUCUCGAGAAAGAGAAGAACUCGGCGCGCAACAGUCGGCGAAGACGGGUGAGCGAGGGUGGUGGAAGCCGCGAGAAGGACGGCGAGAGCAAUCUAUCUACGCGGCAGCAGGAGGACAGGGAGAAUAAAGGCCCGCCGUCGGGCAGGCCGAGCAACCGUAUACCACGGACCGUGUUGGAGGAGGCGAACAGCGCGGCGUCGAGCAGCACCACCAACGCCUCGAAACUCCGGAAACGUGGUACCGUGGUGAAGAGCCCGGUCGAGAAUCAAAGACCUGUACGACGAAGGCCGAGGCCGGCAGGAGGUUGCCAGGAGGCGAAGACAGAGGGGGAGGAUACACCCGCCGUCGAGAGCAACGUAAAAUCGUGCGAGAAGGAGGAGGAGGAGCGGUUGGGCGGCAGAUCCGAGGAGGAGAAUCGGGGUGGCGACGGUGAGGAGGAGGAGGGCGAGGAGGACGAGGAGGAGGAUCGGGGGGAGCGUUGCUGCGAUCCCCUGACUAAGAGGCUCAGGACAAGCCCCGUCGGUGCUGCUGGCAGAAAGCUUAGGUCCGAGCGGAAAGGUGGAAGGGGUUGUUGCGGCGGGUCCGAUCUCGAGGAAACGGAAGAGGAGGGGAGGAGGGGGGAGGAGGAGGAGGAGGAGGAGGAGCGAGGAGGAGGAGAGGAGGAGGUCGAGAGGAAGAAGCUCGAGGAGAACGAGGAGAGCGCCCAGUCGAGGGAGAGGGACAGGGAACCGGAGCCACCACCUCCGAACAAAGUAGAUCCCGGAGGCGAUCGCACGACGCUCAACAGGGUUGAGGAGAAGGAAGAGGAGCAGCAGGAGCAACAGCAGCAACAAGAGAAGCGGCAGAACCAGCAGCAGCAGCAGGUGUUGGUGAAUGGAUCGUUGCUCGCUGACACAUCGUCGUCGUCGUCGUCGUCGGUGGUCGUCGCCGAGAGCAACGUCGAGGGAGGCAGCAGCAGCAGCAGCAGCAGCCCCGUCACCACCGCCUCGUCGCUCCUCGAUGCCGGCGCUGGUGCCGCGUUGAGAUCGGCGGGCGAGCCGAGGGUAGGCGGCGAAGGGGGGGAGGGGGGGAGGGGGGAGGGGGGAGGACGGACGGGGGCGAGGGGGAGGCGGGAGGGGAGCGGAGGGGACAGGAUCGCCGGGGGGGAGCGCGGGGGGGAGGGGGAGGGGGAGGGGGAGGGAGGGAAGGAGCGAGACUCGCGAAGGACUACCGAGGUGGUGACUACCGAGCUAGGCACGGAGGAUAGCGUGGGCAGCGCGAGCGGCGCGAGGGCGGCGAGCGUGGAAUCGGUGGUCGAGCUGCUUGAGUCGAGCAGUCAGGACUCAGGCUCCGUGCUGGAGAGGCUGAGUCCGCUUAGUGGCAGCGGCGGCGGCGGCUCUGGCAGGCAGAGCCUGCUCCUGGAGCAGCAACGGGAGCAGGAACGGAAUCGGCACAACGAGAGCCCUGUCAUUCUAGCCGAGAGACUGAACAAGCCGCCACCGCCGGUACCUGGUCACCACCAUCACCAUCAACAACACCUUCAACAAUACCACCAUCAGCAGCAUCAUCACGCGCCCCCCCAACAACAACAACAACAACAACAACAACACCACCACCAACAACAACAACAACAGCAACGUUACUCCACCGCUAGCCCCGUGAUACACCAUCAUUCUCAGCAGCAACAGUUGCACCAGCAUCAGGUAGCGAACAGCGGCGGCCACCAUCAGUCGCAACAGUCGCAGCAGCAUCAUCACCAGCUGACCCCUUCGAGCCUCCUCGAGGUGCAACAGCAGUCACACGCAUCUAGGGGCGGCGAUGACGCCGGCCUCAUGGAAGUGGAGGCCGGGGCCGGUAUACCUGGAAGCGGUGUGCUCACCGGUGUGCCAGCGGCGGUCGGUAUCCGGGCGGUGGGAGGUGUGGCCGGCGGCGGGGGCGCUUAUGGGGACAGCGGGUCGGACAGCGGGGUGAGCUCGUUGAGGAGCGCCGGGUCCGGCGACGAGAGAAGCGGGAGCAGGAGUUCCGCGCUGAGCGUCGACGAGGCGACCAACAACUCGUCGUCGACGCCCGCCGCGGCCACCACGCCGGCAAGGGUCUGGCACGUGCAGAGCGUUCAGCACACCUCGCUGCUCAUGGCCCAUCCUCAGCCGCCCCCCACAGCCGGCCCGAGUUCCGCGGCGGCCGCGGCCACCGCUCCGCCGGUCGGCUACCAGAGCCCGGCACCGCCACCCGGCCACCAUCAUCCCGCCGUCGCGUCCGAAAUGCUGUGGAGGUCGCAGAGGUACCCGCCGUUGCCCCACUCGUUGCUCGGACCCGCCCAGCCCACCACCGAGGAGAUCGUCGAGAGGGAGAGGAUACUUCGGGAGCGGCGAGAAGCGGAAGCUCGGCUGGAGAAGCGUGAACGAGAAAGAGAGGCCAAGAUGGAAAGGGAGAGGCUCGAGAAGCAAAGGGCCGCCGAGCAGGCAGUUCACAAACACUUCGAGGAGUCCCUAAGGCUGGCGCAACAAAAGGUGUGCUAUGCUCCGCAGAGAAACAUGCAGUCGACCUCGAUGGCGUGGAACUCGUUCCUCCCGCUGCCGCCGCCAGGAAGCAGAACGCACGCGGCGCCGCAUUCCGGGAUGACGGCGCAUGUGGGCCACCAUCAUCCGGGGACAGGUGCGGCGGUCACGCAUCCGGUCACCGUCGCGCAGCAGCAGCAACGGGAGCGGGAGGAGCGGGAGAGGGAGGCGAGGGAGCGGGACGCGAGGGAGCAACGGCAACGGGAGACGGAGAAUCUCGGGAUGAGGGAGCACCACCUGGUCGCGGCCGAGAGGUUGCACAGGCAGGCCGAGGCCAGGGAUCACGUCGCCGCUCAACAAAGGGCCGCCUAUUACGCGGCCACUGCGCCUCCGGCUCAACAGGUGUCUCGACCCUCGAGCGUGCCCGGCAAAGUCGAUUACCCACCGCCGCCAGCGCACUCGAGAACCUCCAAGUCCUCGCUUCCCGUCACCAGCCUCCACGAGAAACCACCGCCGGUGGUCGGCCCCUCGCACAGCUCCCUGCCCAAGGUGGAGCCGAACGUUGGCCUGUUCAGUUACUCGACGUAUCAGCCGCAGUCGUCGUACAUGCACGACAUCAAGGUGAAGAGCGCCGAGGUGGUGGGACAACCGCACAAGUCGUUGCCGAGCAAGAGCGGGCUGGCCGGGGGCCUCGAGAGGGAUCACCACGGGCGGGAAGUUCUGCAGAAUCCUCCGUCCCUGUUGCCCGAUCACAAGAGCUCGGUGAUAGUGAAGAACGAGGGUAGGGAGUUGCCGAAGGUGGCCGCGACUCAGCAACACUCGUCGAGCCCGAAGAUCAUGCCGUAUCUGAACGUGCAGUCCGUGCCACCGCAACACAAACCGUACGAGUACAGGAGCCCGACGCAGAGCCCCCACCACCUGCACCACCUGGACGGUCUGCAGACAGCGAAGAGCAUACCUCAAAGUCAUCACAGAAGCAGUAGCAGCGGGUCCACGACCACCACCCAGUUACCCAGCCCCCACGGGCAUCCACCGCACUCGCACAAUCGGCAGUCGCCCCACGCCCAGCAUCCCCAUCAGCCGCCGCACCCGUCGCCGCCCGAGCCCCGUUAUCUGACCAGGCCCGAGCCUGGCCUGCCCUACGCUACUGCCAAGUCCUCGUAUCCGUACCCGCAUCCGCAUCCGCCCACGGCAUCGCCGACCUCGCAUUACGCCACGCCGGCCGGCUCGAAGCCGAAAGUCAGCAGCCCGGCGCCGCCACACAUCUACGGGAAACCGAAUUCCGGGAUCAUGACCGGGACCCCGGUGUGCAGGGCCUCCGAGCCGGCGGUCGCCGCCCCGAUACCUCUCACCUCGAAGGCCGGUAGCUCGCCUUACCAGCAAGUGCCUCAUCACCACGGGGCCCCGCCUCCACCCCUGCCACCGCCCGCGCACAGCAGGUCCAUCUACGACUCGAGGGGAUACACGAGCUCGAUGCCGGCCGCCAAACUGCCGCCGCCCCCCCUCCACGGCUCCCCGCCGACCGCUGCUUCGGCGCCGCUCUCCAGGCCCAUCGCGCAUCCCGCCCAUCACACGAGCCCCCACCAACAGCCCGGGGGCCAGACGGUGCAGCACGCGCAGCCGCAGUUGAACGCCUCCUUCCAGACGCAACCGCUCGAUCUCGGGAUCGAGAGAUCGGGCUCGCCCAAGAGGAAAGCGCCGACCCCCUCGUUGACCGAGAAUUCCGGCCAACCGGUCUCCCUGGAGGUGUGCAAGAAACGGAGGACCGAGGAACCGCAGCCGUUGUCCCUUCAAUGCGUAGGCCCGCCUGUGCUGUCGAGAGCGAGCGAGCCGAGCCCGUUGAUCGCCUCGGCCGCCACCUCGAUCACGACCGUGGUCAACACGACGGUGGCGCUGUUGGCCCAGUCCAACAGCCAAACGACGGGGCAACAGGAGCGCACCGUGGCGGCGGUCAGCCCAACUCCUCGAACGGCGAGCGGGGAUGGAUCCGUGAGACCGGCCAGCGCGGGGAGCGUCAGCUCCUUGAAUCCAACGGUCAGCGCGGCGCCUAGCCCCGCGCCCAUACCCAGCCCAGCGCCCUCUACGGCGCCGAGUCCGGCGCCCAGCGCGCCUGGCACGCCUGCCAAAGCCAACCCAAGCGGCGGCACGGUCGACAGCGAGAAAUCGAACAGCCCUGCCCCGAGGCCGCCGAGCAGCACCAGUUACCCGGUUCACAAGUUGAAGAAGGCCUGGCUGCAAAGGCAUUCCGGCGAGGACGGGACCGAGGACACGACCGGGGUUGUGGGCAGCGGAUCGUGCGUCACCUUGCCCAUGAAUAUCUCCCAAGCGCCCUCGCAGCCGUUGAACAGCAAAGAGCGCGACACCUCGAACGUUUCCGGCAACACGACCACCACCUGUUUGCCCAGCGCCGUCAAUUCCAUACACAAUAUCGGCAGCAUGGCGGUGAACAGUAUAAACAAGAGCAAAGUUACCGCGAAAAGCAGCCGUAAAUCGGCGAACAAAGAAUCGUUAAACGGGCACGCGACGGACACGAAAACGUUACAAGAAGAUUCUUCUAGCAGCGACCCGGAACGGAAGUCGCCGCCCAAAAGGAAGCCACCCAAGGUAAAACGAAAGAAGGGCGCAGCACGGAGGCAGCAAACGACCGCGGAAGAUCAGCGGAGGCGAAAAGAAGAUAAACAAGGCGGAGGAGCUGGUGUAGGCAGUGAAUCUAGUAACGAGAGCGAAGCUGGUUCUGCCAGUGAUACAAGUGAACAGUUGGGUUCCAUUCAACCUACAUCGAGGGUGCGACAUACCACGGCCAAUUCCAACAAUUCCUCGGGAAACGGAAAUAAUAAGGAACCCAGGAAACGAGGUAGAAGACCAAAGACUACGAAAGGUAAUGAACUAGGUGGAGAAGAUCAGCAACCUCGUCAAAAGAAAGAACGUAGAGACGAUAGUGCGAGCGGUGGUAACAGUGGGCCAGGUGGAAGUGGUGGUAGAGGUGAUCCCUUUCGUAGACCACCGAUAUCGCAAUUGAAAAAAACUGGUGAUAGUUGGCUGCAAGACGGCGCUUGUUUCGAAGUAGCUCCAAAAUUGGCUAAAUGUCGUGAGUGCAGAUGGACACCGCACCAGCGCUCCAAAAAUCUUCCUCAAAAUAUUUUCUGCAGAUUUUAUGCAUUCCGUAGAUUACGGUACACGAAAAACGGACAAUUGGCGAUAGCAGGAUUUAGCGAUCCUCACAAAGAUGCAUCUGAGGUAGAUCUUCGAUUAUGGUUACCAGGAAAAGAAAGUUCGGAUAGCAAGAAAGACGAAAAGCCUGACAAGAACGACAAAGAGAAAGGAGACAAAGAAGAUCUAGAUUUGGAAAUGGCUCACAGAUUACUUCGUCAAGUUGGAGAUCAGUUUUGUGAUCUUUUGCAUCAAGAAAAGGAUGCUCUUCAACAACACAUGGCAGAAGCAAGUUCGGGACUUGUAGACGGAACAGUCGCUUGGAAGAGAGUGGUCCAAGGUGUCCGGGAGAUGUGCGACGUCUGUGAAACGACCUUGUUUAAUUACCACUGGGCUUGCGGAAAAUGUGGCUUCGUCGUGUGCAUCGAUUGUUACAAAGGACGCAAGAAUGGAACGAUCAAGAUAUGGGGAGAAAGCGGAAAGGAUAGAGACGAUUUUUCAUGGCUUUUAUGUACAAAUAGACAAGUGCACGAACCUGAGCGACUUAUGCUUACACAAAUUAUUGCUGGCGACAGCCUGAUACGUCUUGGUCAACGAUUGCACGAAUGCCGUGCUGAAUGGGGAAUACCCCAACAUUGUGGUUGUUCGCUGGUCGUUCAAACUCCUGCCAAUGAAUAUUUGCGAAACAUGAUAAAAGGCGAUUCGGUGCCGGUUUUGAACGGUAACGUUAAGCAGGAAAUUAAAGAAGAAAAGAAAGUAAACGAGUCGAAUGGAUCAUCGGAGAAUAAAACGAAUGGAGAAGAUAAAAAUUCGCCGUUGAACUGGCUGGCAGAUGUAGCUUUACAGAAUCAAGAUAAAAACGAAAGUGCUUCUAGUUCAGAUUCCGAUGAAGAUCGGGAUGGUAAUUAUUCGACAUUGAGAGAAUUGCUUAUCCGACCGUCCCACAAAUCAAAUGGUAGUGGUUCCAGAUCAAAUUCACCGACCAAUAAUUCCGGUAAUGUUAACGUUACCUCCGGAAACAAUGCCCAAAACAACGUCACAAAGUCUGGGAAAAAGUCGAAAAUGGACACAUUGGACGAAGUCAUAUCCAGCGUCAUAGAGCACAGUGUGAAGAAGGAGAGAGAGGAUGAGCUGGACGAUGAGAAACCGAGAGAGCUUAAGCAUUUCGUCAGAAGAUACAAAUGGACACAGAAGGGAAGAGAACCAUUGCCCAUCCGGAUCAUGACGCUCACGGAAAGCAAGAGUCUUUACCCGGAUGUACCACAUUCUUGGCUCUGUGAUGGAAAAUUGCUCAGGUUAAACGAUCCGAACAAUCCAAACAAUUACAGAAUAUUUCAAGAUCAAUGGAAACGUGGGCAACCGGUCAUCGUGUCAGAUGUUGCAAAGUUGUUAGACAUGAGUCUCUGGCAUCCAGACUCGUUCGCCAGAGACUUUGGCGACGAGAAGAACGAUUUGAUAAAUUGCAUGACCGGAAAUUUGGUGCCGAAUCAACCGAUGCGUAAAUUCUGGGAAGGAUUUGAACAUUUCUCGAAGAGGUUAAAGGACGAGAGAGGAAAUCCGAUGUUGUUAAAAUUAAAGGACUGGCCUCCUGGUGAAGAUUUUGCGGAACUGUUGCCAUCGAGAUUCGCGGAUUUGAUGAAAGUUCUGCCGUUGUCGGAGUACACCCAUCGAAACGGAAGACUGAAUUUGGCCAGUCGUUUACCCGACUGUUUCGUGAGACCAGAUUUAGGGCCCAAAAUGUACAAUGCUUAUGGAUCGGCUCUUCAUCCAAACAAAGGCACCACUAAUCUACAUCUAGAUAUUUCUGAUGCAGUUAAUGUCAUGGUUUACGUGGGUAUCCCAAAAGAUGCCGAUAACGACGAACACGUCAAAGAAGCAUUACGAGCAAUAGAUGAAGCCGGCUGUGAUAUCUUGACACGCCGACGUGUUCGCGAACGGGGAGAAGCACCGGGUGCGUUGUGGCACAUUUAUGCAGCUCGAGAUGCUGAUAAAAUCAGAGAUCUGUUGAACGCUGUUGCUUUGGAACGUGGAGCUCGUUUGGAACCUCAUCACGAUCCAAUCCAUGAUCAAAGUUGUUAUCUCGAUGGACCUUUGCGAGAACGGUUGUACCGCGAAUACGGCGUCGAAGGAUAUGCUAUUGUACAGUGCCUAGGCGAUGCAGUAUUCGUGCCAGCUGGUGCGCCACAUCAAGUCCGUAAUCUUCACAAUUGUAUAAAGGUAGCCGAAGAUUUCGUAUCUCCAGAAAAUGUGUCGCAUUGCUUCCAUCUAACGCAAGAGUUCCGUGCAUUAUCCGACACGCACACGAAUCACGAAGACAAAUUGCAGAUCAAGAAUAUAAUUUAUCAUGCCGUGAAAGAUUCUUUGGCCGUAUUGAGCAACGUGAAGGAAGAAACUCUUAACAAGUUGAAGUCGAAUAACGAGAUAAAAAAGGAGGAGACGUAGCCCUAGGCCCCCUAUCGCGGUCGCAAGAACCGUUGAUCUUUCUUUGACUAAAGUCUCGCUAUAUCAGUGAGUGCCCAAUCUGUUACCUGGUCGUAUAUCGCUUUCCCGAGUACCAUAUGUCGGGAUCGAUUCGAAACGACAGGAUGGAUUUAAUCUUAAGAUGCUCCGGAACCUGUAUCGAGGUGCAAGAAUUUGUUGUGAUAUUUGACGAGUAACUCGAAACGUUU